CGUACUGCUAAUUUUACACACGAGUACUUCCUGGUGUAAAGGAAGACAGUCUAAAACUAACAACUAAAUGUAGAAUUAUUCAACAAAUGGAAUACCUUUAUACUCAAAAUUUGUUUACAAAACGAUGAUUAUGAGAUGCUAUCAUUGAUGAUUCACCAACAGCAUCAAAAUGUUUAAAAAGGAGAAUUUACGUAAGAAUCUGCUAAGAGUCAAACAAAAUAUUGACCAGAAUUUAGGAAGAGCUGAAAAAUCUGAAGUUUUGUCCGAAGACCAGCAAGAGAAUGAAAAAAGAGUCGAACUGGUCAAGCAUGCUUUUCAGAAUGUCACAAAGAAAGCUGCUGCGACUUUACAAUCAAAUGGGACAGACUUUGAUAAACGACUGAAAAAACUUCCAGAAUCAGGUCUGAGUGCUGCUCUCCUAGACUCUGCCCAAACUCUAGGUACAGAAACUUUAUUGAGUACAGUGUGUAAGCUGUGUGGAGAAUGUCAGUCAAAUCUAGCCACAGAACAAGUCAACUAUGAGAUUAGAGUAGAAACUGAAUUUAUUAAUCCAUUACAAACAAUAUGUGAUGUUGAUAUCCCGAGCAUAAUUAAAUUAAGGAAAGCACUGAAUAAGUCAACUUUAGACAUGGACUCAGCCAAGUCAAGGUUUUCUCAGGCAGUUCGCCAGUCUCAAGUCCCAGGUGCCAAUAUGACAACAGCUGCUGCCAAAGCUGAAACCAUAAAAGAAGAGUAUGAGGAAGCCACAUUGAAAGUGGAAACUAUCAAAGAUAACUUGUCCAUAGAACUGUGCAAUUUUGCAGCUAAAGAAAGUGACCAAAGUCAAAAAAUGUUGCUACUUUUGGAAGCUCAGGCAGAUUAUCACAGAAAAGCACUUCAGGCAAUAGAGCAGUUUAUUCCCUUGGUUAAAGUAAAAAUAGAUAAUGCUCCUUGUAAACCUGUGUAUGGAAUGCCUCUGGAAGAACAUCUGCGUCUAAUGAAGCGAGAUAUUUCACUUGUGAUAGAGGCUUGUGUUACUGUAUUAUUAGAAUGUGGCUUGGAGGAAGAGGGACUUUUUCGUAUAGCUGGAGCAGCCAUAAAACUAAAAAAAUUAAAGGCAUGUUUUGAUGCUCAGUCAUUAGACAUGGAAGAAUUUAGUAAUGACCCUCACACAGUAGCAGGUGCCUUGAAACAAUAUUUGAGGGAACUACCUGAACCACUCUUGACAUUUGCCAUGCAUGAUGAGUUCUUAAAAGCUGCUACGCUGCCACUUGACCAAAGGUUGCAAACAUUAUGGACAUUAAUUCAAAAGUUACCAGUGGCUAAUUUUAAUAAUUUUCGAUAUUUAGUGAAGUUCUUGGCCAAAUUAGCUGAGAAAAGUGAUAUUAACAAGAUGAAGCCUAGCAACAUUGCUAUAGUGAUAGGACCAAAUCUCUUAUGGUCAGAGACUAGUAAUGCGCCAAAUAUGUUGACUACUGGUACCCUAAGUGCAAUAAUUGAAGCUAUAGUAACUCACGCAGAUUGGUUCUUUCCAGGAGCUUUUGAUUUUCACUUGACUGCAUUGGGAAGUUCCCCUAAACCCAGCACAGAGCCUGGGCUACUAAGUGACAGUGCCCAAUUUGUAAAUAAUAAAACUAUUGACGCGCCUGCCAAGCAAGAUUUAGACAAAAAGGACAAUACAGCAGAAAAACCUCUUUGCAGUAAGACCAGAACGCUGCCCCUGGAGCAAGGCUUUAUUGUGAGCUCCUCUGAUACCUACCCUUUGAGAUUUCCAGAAAAAUGUGAUGAGGAAGAAAGCAGUUCAGAUGAGAGCAACCCUUUCUCUGAGAAAUUUGCCUUGAAGUCAAAGACAGGGGAGAGUGUGUCUGAGAAAGGAGGUAUGGGCAAAGAAAGUGAUGUUCAGCGUGUAGACCUAGGUGAUAGAAAAUGUGAUAUUUCUGGUAGUACUAACACUGGCGACUACGACAAUAUAUUGUACACAAUCAACCCUCUGAACCCCUCUGCUAGAUGUAGCAGCAUGAACCCUACAGACAGGCGAGCCAGUGCUGAUAAUGUUUCAGCUUAUGGAAAAUGCCUCCCCGCUCCUGUCCCUCCUUGUAGACCCUCCCGCCCAACCAAAAAACCUUUGCCACCAGAAAAGACUAGUUGCAUGCCCUCUGGCCCUAGAGCAGAUGUUAGUCGCUCUGUAGAUACUCUGCCUGAUGUUGCUCAGCCUAGCAGUAGAUAUAUGAUUGGUUCUACACCCAACAUAACAGCGUUGCCCUAUCACAGGAAUGAGGAAGAGACUUAUAGUGGUCUGCAAAGCCAAUUUUGGAACAGGCCUAAUCAAAAAUCAAACUUCAAUUCUCUUAAGAGAGGCUCUGAUCCAUGUAUUAUACCUCCACCUUCCCAGUUUAACAAUUACUCAACUCAUCGCCCCCUCAAACUAUCGAGAGCCCAUUUAGGCACACCUCCAAAGCCUGGCGAAAUGUCAAGGUCUCAGCCAGCUUCACAUGCGGAAAAUUCAAGGGCACCAUAUUCUCCCCCACAAGAAAUGUCACAGUCACAGCCAGCUCCCUAUGUUGAAAAGUCCCCUUAUUCUCCACCACAUGAAAUGUCACUGUCACAACCAAGCCCCAGUCUAAAGAGCCCAGCUAACCAUUACAAUCCUGUAGAUAAAAGUUUUCAUCAGGACACAUACAACACUGCCUUUGCUUUGAGUUCAUUAGGAGCUGGAAACAAGUCAGCAGACUAUCUCACACGUGUGCGGGCCAUGUGGGAUGACCGCCGCAGCAAGGCACAAAACCUCAGAAAUGCAAGUCAUGGCAAAAGAGAGGAGUUGAUAAGCUCAUCUCUAGAGUUUACCCCUAAGCAACAUCCCGCCACAAGCUAUAACAACACCAACCUGGUGGGCAGCUAUCAAAAGAAUAUUUUUUCUUCCCCAUCAACCACUAAUAGUGGCGGCUCAGUUCCAUAUGGACGGUCUACUUCCUGUUCUCCCAGUCAACCACCAGAAUUUGAUUUUACAACUGUGGGCUAUCAUGAUGACCAAGAGACAUAUAAUCAGUCUCAAACUGGGACACAACAAGGCAGUAUGGAGUCAUUACAAAUUCAGGUUACUUCUGCUCAGUCGAUCAAUCAGCAACCACCAAGUCCUGGAGUAACAGUAACAAAUACAUCAUCACAAACAACUGUAAUCAACACUCAACAAGAAAGUCCUGAAGCAGUCAGCUCAAUACAAAGACGUGCAACUCGUAAACCUGCCCCUCCCCCACCUCCAGAGAAGCCCUUCACUGUGAUGGUGACAGCAACAACAGCAUUAAAACCAGGCUCUGACAUGGGAUUUGGGGAGCCUGAGGGAAAUGGUAGCAAUGCUCAAUUUCAAACUUGGCCUAGAUCUGCACCACUUGCCUCUCCUGAAUCUCCAUCGGAGCAGCACAAAUUGUCAGGUGGACAUGAGAAGAGAUCUUCUGGUGAAAGGCCCACCAUGCCACCCCCAGAUCGCCCAGAACGUCCUCGUCUUCCUCAAACUCUGAACCCUCCCUUAGGGCGAGGCCACCAAAGAUCAGCAUCAACUGGAGCUGUGAUGAACCAGACAGCCAGCAGUUUUGAACCCCACGUGGGGGUGCCCAAUGCAGGUAGUCUGACAUCUUCAAGCAUUCUUGAAGGUGACAAGGAUAUUGACACAAUAAACACAGGUGUUGGGUCAGAGACUGCUUCUUACUCUCAAGGAUCAGUUGCCCAAGGGAUGUCCCAUACUCUAGGAAGGCAUUCUAGUAUGAAGCCUAGGCCCACUCCCCCUCCCCCACCACCCCCUGUAGCUAAAGAAUCUGAAGAUACCAAAUUGUGAUAACUGUAAAAAAAACAAAACAAAUAUUGUGAUGUCAUUUUGUGUUCCUGUUUAUUGUUAAUAUUUCCCUCUGUCUGCUUACAAAUCUUUGAAGUUCUUCCUCUUUUGCUGCGGUUUCUGUUUCUUAAGUGGCGUUCUUUCUUUAUAUCUACAAUUUUGUAAGUAGAAAUGCUUUUUUUUUCUCUGCUGCAUAUUUUAAAAUACUUACGACAGAAAUUGUUUCACACUAUCAAUUUAAAGAAAAAAGAAAUUUGUGUUUUUUAAGUACCACUAGUGUUCAGCCUUUAAUAUCAGUUCAUAAAAGUGUAGUAUACACAGCCCAAAGAGAGCGCUCCAUCAAAUGUCUGAACAGUGCAUAACAUAACAACACUGUUUAUCCUUAGAAUUUUUUUUGGUUCAUAUUUUUUAAAAAGUUCCUAAACUUGAAUUCUCUACUGCUGUGACAUUUACUUUAUCUUAAUGCUUUAUUGUCUCUACUGCUGUGACAAUGCUUUUUUUUCAGUCUUGGGCAAUUGACUUGUUGAGUUUUAAAAAAAAACAAAAAACCUGCAUUCACAUUUACCAUUAAAACUAGAGCAUGGAAACAUUCACAUUUACCAUUAAAACUAGAGCAUGGAAAUGAACAACAAAAGCUCAUUAUUUCAUUCCCAUCAAUAGUUCUCAUUUAUAAAUAACAAACAAACUAGAUUUAUACAUACGUCUUGCAUGUCCUUUUAUUAAUUUUAUUCUUUUAUUUUGACAUAUUUUGGUUUGAUUUCUAAAGGUACCUGUGAUGGGACCAAAUAGAACUAUUUCUAGACAUAAUUACUCAUGAAUAUCACUCAAUAUUUCCAUGUUAUACACUCUAGUCCCCAGUAUGUAUGUCCAAAGAAAUGGUAUUUUUAAUAAUUUAUUGAAUUUCUUGUUUCUGUUUUUGUAGAGGAAAAGUGUUAGUAAGUACAAAGUAAUCUAGCCACAAAGUUUCUUUGCUUUUGUCUGUUUUCAAAAUAGUUUCUGGAACAACUCUUGUAUUAGCUGAUUGAUUAGUACAUUUUGACAGCUCCUCUUCAUAUUUCUUUUUUUUUUGGCUUUUAUUUUUAUGUGUGUUUUGUCUUUCACCUGUAAUUAAUCAAAUUAUUAUUUUUUUUCCUUUGAUCUAGAUAGCAGUUUCUGAGUAAUAAAACUUAUCACUGCUCACAAUGACUCAUGUAAUAUUAGGUGUGAUUAAUUUUUCUUCAAUUUAAACCUGUAUUAAUUCAAGAUCUCUCUAUAUUUACCCAGAGCAGCAAAAAGCUUUUUGUUUGUAUCAUUAUUUAAACACAAAAAUAUAAUGUUAAUGAAAUGUAACAUUUUUUUCUGUUAACCAUUAUAUAUUGCUUAAUUUACACACCAAUCCAAACCUAGCCUCAACUAUGUCAAUUUAAAGCUCUUUCUUCUUCCCUUUUUGCACUGGCUUUAAAUGUGACCAAACUUCUUGGAAAUUAAUGUUUGUCUUAGUUUCUUAGAUUUGUAAAAAAAUAUUUUUUUUAUAUGAAGCUUUAAUUAUUUGAAUAAAAUUUGUAUCACAGAUAAAUCUCCAAACACCCAAUACAAAAAAAAAGUUGCCGUUAAAAAAAAAAGAUAUUUGUAGUGAGUCCUUAUGUUUGAUAGGCAUGCUGAAGCCAAUAGUGCAUCGCUAGAAUUGAGCUGAUUUUUUCUGUUACAUUACAAGUCUUUUUAUAUUUACUAAAAAAGAUGUAAUGUAGGAUACUGUAUUUUUAUACACUUUACACAAAAAUCUUUAUGAAAAUUAAAAUAAACAUUGUUCUAAGGGAAUGAAAACUAAUAUUUACAGCCUAGACUUGAUAAAAACUUAUCUUUAAGUCUAGAAUUGAUAAAAACUUAUCUUUAAGCCUAGACUUGAUAAAAACUUAUCUUUAAGUCUAGACUUGAUAAAAACUUAUCUUUAAGUCUAGACUUGAUAAAAACUAAUCUUUAAGUCUAGACUUGAUAAAAACUUAUCUUUAAGUCUAGACUUGAUAAAAACUUAUCUUUAAGUCUAGACUUGAUAAAAACUUAUCUUUAAGCCUAGACUUGAUAAAAACUUAUCUUUAAGCCUAGACUUGAUAAAAACUUAUCUUUAAGUCUAGACUUGAUAAAAACUUAUCUUUAAGUCUAGACUUGAUCUUGUUCCAUUGUUAUAAAGUAAGAACAUGAAUAAAAUUGAUAUUAAAUAACUUUGACACGUCUUUCCCUUUUUGUGAGCUUCCAGUAACACUAAUGCACAACUCAUGUCAACUAGUUCAACUAUUUCAGAAUCUUUGUUAAGAUGAUUUUUUUUCAUAAGACUUGAGUCAUAAGACUUUUUUUUUAACCCUACUAACAAUGGGAAACAAAGUAAGCUCUGUAGCUGCAUGGUGUUUGCAUGAUUUUUACUCAGCUUUUUUAAUAGCAAAAUAGGAAUUGAUACUUUCUUUUCAUUCAUUUUAGAGAAAAAGAAAAUCACAAUACAAUUAUUGAUCCUUUUACCUGAAAACUUCAUUUCUAGUAUUAAAAGCAUCCAGUUAUGUAUUAUGCUUCACUAAUUGACUACAAAUGUUUUUUAAAUUACUGUACUUUUUAAUUUUUAUGCGAGUAUAAUUGUAGCCAUUCUUUAGAUUAAGCAAUUAAAGAUUUUUUUGUGUGUCUAUUCUAAUCUACUGUAUUUGUCAUUCUAUCUACACUGCUGAAACUCAUUGCCCUUAGUUGAUAUUAAAUAGUCUAUCAGAAAAUUGUUUGCACUGUGACUGUUCAUAAUUUUCUCCUCUCAUUUUUCUAGAGUUAGACCUGGACAACUUUCAGGCCACAGCCUUGUGAUGAACUCUUUGGUGCUGGAACUUUUGAAACAGUUGUUUAGAAAAUCUAUUUAAAAAAAAAAAGGUUAUCUGGGAGACUAAUACUUUGUUUCAAGCAUUAGUUCAAAUAAUAAAAUGUGUUGCACACUUUUUUUUUUUUUUAUGUGUUGAAUGUUGUAAAUAAACUCUUGCAUGCACUCUUCAUGAAAUGUAAACUUUUUCUUUCUUUGAUGCAGUGCAGGUAGGCUAGUUGAUCUCUGUAUUAGUUUCUUAUAACUUACAUACCCUUCUUCAAAAGAAAUAAUUGCUUAAAGAAACAAGUAAUUGCACAUUUUUCCAUUGUAAUAGAAAGGAAUGUAAACACUUCCGUUAUUUAGAUAUCUUAUCUUAUAAAUUAUAACUUUCCUUCGAAGAAGAUAAUUCCAAAAUACAAAAGGACUGCCCUGAAGAUUUGACAAACGAAGUGAAAUCAUUUCUAAUCACUGCUUAGCUAAAAUAAUGCAAUGUUUUCUUUAGCUUGUUUACAUUGUCAUGUACUCAUGAAUUGGAAGUGUGUGUAAGGUUAGAACCUUAAAUACUAAGCUGUUUAACAAAGUAAUUGUAACUCACCUCUUAUUCUCUGCAGUUACACACGUUUUCUGUUACCAUUUUCUGUUUGGUAACCAGAUACUUCAGUCCAACAAAUGUGUAGAAGUGCUUUAAUAAACCAUAAACCUCUCUAUUUAUAAACCAUUCCAACAUUAUCAGCCUUCCUGUACCAGAUAUUUAUUACCUAGUUUAGCAAUUAAAACACUAAAUAUACACAAACUUUGUAAUGUAGAAAUUCUUCACAAUAACAAAACAGUUCGUCAUAUUCCUGUAGUAUCUGUCUGCUGCGAGUAGUAAGUCUUAUGAUUACCUUCUCUCAGCUGAAACAGUUGGUAUGAAAUAGUAGUAACCUUGGGUCAAUGGUUAUGAAUUGUUAAAAUCAUUGUUUGAAGAUCUUAAACAUUGUUAUGGUUAUAAACAAAACAUUUAAUUAUAAAAGUAGUUUAAAUAAAUUGUUCAAUAGAAAUUGAAUCGUUAAUAUUAAAGUUUUGAUCAUGGAAAUUACUAUUUGGAAUAAACAUUUUCUUUGCGUUUACUUAACUGUAUAGCAGCAGUGUUUUAUGUGGACUAAAUUUGCUAAUCUGGACUAGUAUUAUUUUACCAAGUGAACCUAAAUUAUAAACUAGUUUGUUUCAAGUAUUAUCAUAAACAAACAUUUUUACUGAAACUAAAUGAUUAUAGCUUCAUCUUACUUGUACUUUAUAGCUAGAAAAAGGAAACACACACAUAAACUGAUUGGUUUGAGGAUUCAAUGGCGCUGAGUUCAAGUUCUAGUUGAGAUAGGAAUCUUUUGAAAACAUACAAAGGGGCUAGCCAUUGUCUUAAUCACAUGACUACGUCCAAUUUCAGCCACAAAUAUUAAAAACAUUGUAAAAAAAAACUUUUUUUCUAACAUGUCCCUCUACUUGGUUAUAGGUCAGACUCCCAUUCAUUGUAAUCUUUACAUAAAUCUGUGCUCUGUUCAAUGUUUCUUCCAUUUCAUUCAACGCUGAGCUUACUGCAUUUAUUCUAUGACAAAAAGUGAUGAUUUUGUUAAGUGCUUACAGAUGUGAUCACACUGGCCGUAUAAUUACUUGGAUCUAACAAUUUUAUAUGAAAACAAUAUUACUAGAUAUUAUAACAAAUGUUUAUAUCAAGUAAAGAAUUUAACAUUCACCUGAACAGUAAGUUAAUAUUUUUCUUUCAUGUGGAUGCUUUGUAAAUGUAGAUAUGAAUAAACUCUUAUUACUGAAGCUCUAAA